CCCCAGCUGUCUCUCUGAGCGAGAGUUCACAGGCGCAUGGCUCACACAUGGAGAACGUGACUAGGUGCAUAAACAUUGGCAGGACAUUGUGAGGGGGAGCAAAAGGAAAAGGAAAAGACGUAAAAAAAAAGCCCAGCCUUCCCAAGGCAGUGUCUUAUUUAAACUUGGAAAGUCUAUUUGAAUCAAAAACUUGGUAACAGGAGGACGUAUUGCUCGUAAAAGGAUUAUACACAGGAUUGUAUGAUUACAUUUAUACUGUGAGUGUGUUUAAGGACUUGAGAGAACUUGGCAUUUAAUCAUGGAGGAGAACUACAGCAGCUUACAGGAGUUCACAGAGGAUAGCCUCUCAGCCAGAGGAAACAAACCUAUACUCUAUACAUCGCAAAACGGACAAGCUGGUACUCUUAAGAGAGUGGAUUGUAUGAGGAGACAGAUGGUGAUUUUCCUGAUCGUCACACUGCUCAUUUCGUUGUGUGCUAACAUAGCGCUGACUGUUUUCUUGGUUAAAAGGAAACCCAGCCUUCCCCCCAGCAUGGAGUCUACAGAAAUCCCUCUCUCUGAGGCACAGAUUGAGUCUCUAAAACUGUCUUCCCUGCAGGAGCGCUUCUCCCACCUCUGCUCCGACUACACAGCCCUCGGAAAGACCUGUUCAACAGAAGUGAAGCAGUGCAUGCCGUGUCCUGAUGGCUGGAGACAUAUAAAAGACAAGUGCUACUUCUUUAGCGAUGACAAACUAGACUGGAUCAGGAGCAAGCAGAGCUGUGCGACUAUGGACAGCCAGCUAACAAUACUUCACACACAUGAGCAACAUCUUGCUCUGGAGAAAAUAGCCCGCAGUUUGAGUGGGUUCGACUAUUAUUACUGGAUCGGCCUGUCAGACAUUGAGGAAGAAGGCGUGUGGAAAUGGGUGGACAACACACCAGUCAAUAAAACGUACUGGAAUGAAUGGGACGGAGAACCCAAUAACCACCAGUCUGGAGGGCUUCACGGUGAGGACUGUGCCGUACUGAAUUCUCACUCCAAAUCAUGGUACGAUGUUCCUUGUGACCACAUCUACAAACACAUCUGUGAGAUGGAUGCCAUUGCUGUAAACUGAUUCACUGUGCCAUUAAAGAUAGGAAACAAUUUUUUUACUCUGAUAAAACACUGAAUCUAUUUUUUUUUUUUUUGUAGAAAAAUGUCAUGUUUGUAUACUUUUCAAUGUGUUCUUUUGUACCUUUGUGCUUAUCCUUCACAAAAUAAACUGAUUUGACAGAAUUUCAGUUCUUCUGUAAAUAAAGGUUGCGAAACUGAUUAGGGUAAACUUUGGACAGAUUUUGGGCAGACAGAUAAAGUUUGUAGCAAUGAAGCCAGAAGUGCUACAUCAGCUUUUUUGUGUUGAUAUAGUGAACAGGAGGGGGAAAACAAAACAGCGCUGGAUUUGUGUGGUUUGUGUGAACUAUUUGUACUAACAUGAGGAUGUUGUUGAUAGUGACUAAAAAGCAAUUCUGUAUGUCACUGGAUUUAAAAAUGCUGUAAAUCUUUUUAUUUUUCUGUG